GCCCGGCGUGGGCCGUGGCGGCGAGCAAGGCCCGGCGGCCGCCGCGGAAUGGUGGCGCCGACGCUGCUGCGCGCCGUCAUCAUGGGCCCCCCGGGCUCGGGAAAGGGCACGAUCUCGGCGCGGAUUAUCAAGCACUUCGGGCUGAAGCACCUCUCCAGCGGGGACCUGCUGAGGGACAACAUGCAGAGGAGGACAGUUACCCUGCUGCUAGGUCGUGGCAUCUUGUGUGUGUGGGCUCGCCGGCAUUAGGUGGUGGUGCGAACUACGCUUACCGUGUGGUUCUGGACCCUCCGUCUCUCCACCGAGAUACCCCCACACGCCUCUCUGAAGUUGGAAUCCUUGCCAAGUCCUACAUUGAUCAAGGACGGCUUAUUCCAGAUGACAUCAUGACACGGCUGAUGCUGAAUGAACUAAAAGGUCUAGAUCGGUACAACUGGCUGCUGGAUGGUUUCCCUAGAACGGUUGCUCAGGCAGAAGCCCUGGAUAAAGUUUGUCAAAUAGACACUGUGAUCGACCUAGAUGUACCAUUUGAAAACAUAAAACGUCGGCUCACAGCACGUUGGAUCCACCCUGCUAGUGGCAGAGUCUACAAUCUUGAAUUCAGUCCUCCUAAAGUGCGGGGCAUUGAUGAUAUUACUGGAGAACCACUUGUUCAGCGAGAUGAUGAUAAGCCAGAGACGGUUACCAAGAGGCUGCAGGCUUACGAUGCAGAAACAAGACCUGUUCUAGAAUAUUAUCGGGAAAAAGGGUUGUUGAAAUCCUUCUCUGGAACAGAAACCAAUAAAAUCUGGCCACAUAUCUAUGCUUUUCUCCAAACCAAGUUGCCAGAUGUGAGCCAGAAAGAUGCUGCCACUCCCAGGUGAAAUUAGGUCUAUCAUCUGCUCAUCUGUCGUAGCACGCACAUGAUCACGAGAUUCAGCAGUCAAGAAUUUCUUGAAGUAGUGUACCAGACUGAUCAAUAAUUAAGUUCUGCUGUUGUCCUUAACCUACCUUUAGAUAAAACUUUGUCUCAUGUGGGUCUCACUUUAAUGCUGUAUUUGUUUUUAAUAUUAGAUAUGCCUAAUUUUUGUAAUAUAGUAACUGUCUUUAACAAAAGCACCUACUGCUGUGUCUCUGUUAAUCAGAAAAUAUUCAUGUUUGGCAAUACUGAAUGGUGAAGGAAACACAUUUCAGAAUACAGCUUAACUACAAAGCA